AAUCCUCCAACCACAAAGAUGGAUCUGGUUGAGUUUUCUUCUUCUUUCGACUGUACACCUUGAUGUCCCCAUCAGUAACAAUGUCUUGUAACAUUCAGCUUGUACCGGUGACAAAUUUCAAUUUGCUCUUGAGGCUAACCGACGUUCAAACAUGGUCUGCCUACAACUUUAUGCAAAAGAGAUUGAACCUUUUCCGGGAGAUUCUUCUGCAUCGUCAAUAUUUUCUCGUCAUUUCAUUGUUCAAGGAAGUAUUUCAUCAAAAGGCCAUGAACCAAAGGAACUUGUGAGGCGAUUAUGCCUGUGGAGAGAUUUGAUGGCUCGUAUUCAUGAUGAAAGCUUGAGAUAUGUAUUAUCAGAUCAAGCCAUUGUUGCUCUUGCACAUAAAGUUCCCAAGACUCCAACAGAAAUAUAUGACACCAUACAUAACGCUGAUAUGAAUUUGGAUACUAUUAGUUCUUCCCUCCCAUCUCCAUCUCCUGUUAUUUGCAGUCAUCUGGAGGACUUUGAUUACCUCCUCCAGGAGAAAACGGGCAACCUAGAUGAUUAUUUUGUCAGAAUUCUUCAAAAUCAUCUAGGACAAAAUGCAAGUUGUCCACUUUCUGUUUAUAACUAUGCCCUAUUAUCGGUGUCCAGCUUGAAAACAGCAAAUCUAAUAUUUCUCAAACAAGAUGGAGGUAAAACAAUGAAACAGGUUGGUCGGAAGGCUUCACGAGAUCUAUUUGUACAAAAAUUCUCAUGCAAAGCUCCAGUUUAUCAUAACUGUAGGAUUCAUGCAAGUGACGGUCGGUUGCUUUGUUAUUGUGAUCGCAGAAAGCUUGAGUGGUAUCUUCGACGGGAUCUGGCAAAACUCAUUGAUAAUGAUCCCCCAGCUAUAAUGCUUCUGUUUGAACCCAAAGGUCGUCCAGAAGAUGAAGGCAAUGAUUUUUAUAUCCAAAGUAAAAAGAAUAUAUGUGUUGGUUGUGGUGAAAGGAAUCAUUAUUUACGCUACCGAAUAAUACCCUCAUGUUAUAGAAUACACUUUCCUGAGCAUUUGAAAAGUCACCGUUCUCAUGACAUCGUCCUUCUUUGUGUGGACUGUCAUGAAGUUGCGCAUUCUGCUGCUGAGAAAUAUAAGAGACAAAUAGCUGCAGAAUUUGGAAUUCCACUUUUCGUUAGAAAAGUGGCUGAUUCAGGGCAAACUCAAGCUAUUACAGGGACAUCUGGAAUUGUGGAGAACCUUGAGGAAGCAGGUGUGUCUCCUUUGCAGUUACGAAUUGCAACUAUGGCUCUUCUUCGCCAUGGACCAAGAAUGCCAUCCAAACGCCGUGAAGAGCUGAAACUGAUUGUCAUGAAAUACUUUGGAGGAAGGGAAAUAUCCGAGGAAGAUUUAGAAAGAGCUCUGUUGGAUGGCAUGAGUCCUCAUGAGAGAAGAAGACUUGAAAAGAAAAGAGGAUUGUCCAUCAAACAUUCAUUAGGGAAUAUCCUUUCAAAUGAGGCCCAUGGGAAUAAUAUCAAAGAUAACGGUGCAUCUGUUUUGGUGGAACCGUCAGGAGUUGAUAUUUCUGAUGAUAUAUGUAGUCAGGGAAAGACAGAUUGUAGCACACAAGGGGGUGAAAAUCUUCUGAAGGAAAUGGAUAUUAGUGCAAGUAAUAUGCCCAUGUGUUCUGAUUUUAAUGUCAAUAGGGGGUCAUCUACUGGGGAUGGUGAGGAUGAUGCUAGGAGAAUGUUUGAGGGUGAAAACGAUAUGGAAACUGUUAGUGAUCAUGAAAGUAGGUCAUCAAAUGGAAAUGUUGAUUGUGGUAGACCGAUAGAAAUUCCCCCUUCCAAGCACAAUCCAAAGUUAUCAGUGUUAGGACAUGGUCCCCAUGGGACACAAGUGGUUGAUCAUAUAUUAAAGGAGCUUGGGGAGGACGGCAUUCGGAAAUUUUGCCAAAGGUGGAGACAAGUCUUUGUGGAUGCCAUUAACCCCCGUUUCUUACCUGCCGGUUGGGACAUUAAGCACAGGGUUUAACAUUGGAACACUAUUUUUGCCAGCGGUAGGCGGGACUUUGGUGAAUACAGUGUAUACAAUCCUGCCAAAAAAGAUUGAACUAGAGUUCAGGAUGGAUUAAAUGGUCAAAGCAAACUUCCAAGCGAGGGAGAUGGGACACAAAGCAGACCAUACAUGCAGUUGCUUAUGCUUUAACACAAAUUAUUUGGAAGGUGGGCUGUUUCUUGUUAUCCUAAUUCUGGAUCAUUCUAGAACUGAGGUACAAGAGUGAACACUUUGCCUAAGUUCUUUAAUUUUCAUGUUUCCAUGUUAUAAAAUUAAUCAUUUUACUCAAUUAACACUUUGGAACACCAUUUCAAUUGCUCUAGUUAUUGCCUUGUGGAUAGGCUUGCGCAGGAGAAAUUUUUCAUUCUUAAUGGAGACUACAUUCUUUGGCA